AACUCUCUCAAACCUAACUCUCUUUGAAGACGAUCUGACUCUUCCAAUCGCCGAUUAAGCCCUCUGUCGCCGCCGUUGAAAGUCGCCGUGAAACUGAACCUGACGCCGGCACUAUUUCCGCCUUAGAUCUGUCGGAUUUGAGCUCAAAUCGAAGGCAUGUCCUUUAUUCAGUUGAUUUUUUCUUCUUUUUCGUAUUUCUUCUAGGUUUCUUUCUUUCAAAUCUAGCUCAAGUCUGAUGUUCUAGGUACACCAAAUCUAGCUAAAGUCUAAUCGAUUCUUGUUUUGCAUGCCUCUGUUAUUUGCGAUUUCAGAACGAUUUCAUAACAUUAUUGUUUUUGUGGUUUGAUUUAGGCGUAUUUGAACAAAAUUUCUUUAAAAACUUGGAUAUGUGCUAUGUAAUUCGGAUCUUCUUUUCGUUAUUGUCAGAUAGAAAUUGAGUAUAAAAUUGCUAUGAAAUUGUGUUUUGAUAUUGUCAUAUAUAUUCUCUUGAUUGUUAAUUCAAUACCUUAAUAAUCUGUUUUUGCUAUGUUGGAUUCCGCCUUACUUGUGUUUACCCUAAACAAAACCAAACAUCAUAACUGGCAUGUUCACUUGUGUUUCUUCAGACAUCAUAACUUGUGUUUCUUCUGACAUCAUAACUUGUAUCUGAUUUUUUAGUACUUUGAAAAAGAAACAAGAACUGAGCAGUGAAUUGCGGGGACCAGUAACAGGAUUAAAUUGCAUGUUCACUAAACUCAUACUAUUUUUCUGUGUUUGGUCCCAUCUUCUUACUCUAGUAUUUGUCCUUUUUCCAGUUUUGUUUCUUACUGAGAUUGUGUUUAUCUCUUUCGUUUGAUUGGCAAAUUUAUCAGGUAUAAAGUUCAGUUUUUUUUUUUGUAUUCUACCUUGUUUGUUGUCUGAAUCUUGUUUUUAGUGUUAGAUCGAUUAAGUUAUUUUUUUUAGUCAAACUUUCAGUGAUUCACUUUCUUGCAUAACCUUAUACUCACUCUAUAAUUUUGUUUUGCAAGUUUUGCUGAGUGAAAUAAUGGGACUUUGAAGCUUAUCAUUUGCUCUUAUCAUCACAAGACAGGUUUAUAUUACGGUAUCAACAUAUAAUGUUGGACAAGGAUUGGGUGCAUCUUGGCAGAGCUGAUCCUGCUUAUGAGAGAGGGGCUACAAAGUUUGUACGGGCUGUGGCUGCAGCUUUGGGAGACGUCGAUAUGAUUAUAUGUCCUUGCAUUGAUUGUCGUAAUAUAGAUCGUCACCUAGGUAGUGUAGUUGUUGAUCAUCUUGUAACAAGGGGAAUGGAUGAAGCUUAUAAGAUGCGGUGUGACUGGUAUCAUCAUGGAGAAUUGAAUGCAGUGGCUGAAAGUGAAAGCAAACUAAGUCACUGGAAUGACGAGGUAUUUGAGUUAUAUCAAGCUGCUGAGUAUUUGGAUGAAGAGUUUGCAGAAAAGCUUGACUUGGCUGAGAUUGCAGAGGGUGAUGACAAGAAAGAAGAUGAGUUUCUUGCAAAGCUUGUAGAUGCUGAAACUCCUUUAUAUCCAAGUUGUGUGAACCAUAGCAAGCUGUCAGCUAUUGUGUCUUUGUUUAGACUUAAGACACAAAAUGGAUGGUCUGACAAGAGCUUCAAUGAUCUUCUAGAGACAUUGCCGGAGAUGUUACCAGAGGGGUGUGUGCUACACACAUCAUUGUAUGAGGUGAAGAAGUUUUUGAAAUCUUUUGAUAUGGGUUAUCAAAAGAUUCAUGCUUGCGUUAAUGACUGCUGCCUAUUCAGAAAAAAGUACAAAAAGCUUGAGAAUUGUCCUAAAUGCAAUGCUUCAAGAUGGAAGACUAACUUGCACACUGGUGAAGUAAAGAAAGGUGUCCCACAGAAAGUAUUACGGUACUUUCCGAUAAUCCCACGCCUUAAGAGAAUGUUUAGGUCUGAGGAAAUGGCUAAAGAUUUAAGGUGGCAUUUUAGCAACAAAAGCAGCGAUGGAAAACUCCGUCACCCUGUAGAUUCAGUAACAUGGGAUCAGAUGAAUGCCAAAUACCCUUCAUUUGCAGCCGAGGAAAGGAACUUGAGGCUUGGACUUUCCACAGAUGGAUUUAAUCCAUUCAACAUGAAGAAUACCAGGUAUAGUUGCUGGCCCGUUUUGCUAGUAAACUACAAUUUGCCUCCAGACUUAUGCAUGAAGAAGGAGAACAUCAUGUUGACAUUGUUGAUUCCUGGUCCACAACAGCCCGGUAAUAGUAUUGACGUCUACUUGGAACCACUUAUAGAGGAUCUAUGCCAUCUGUGGGAUAAUGGGGAGUUGACUUAUGAUGCUUUUAGUAAGUCAACAUUUACUCUUAAGGCAAUGCUGCUUUGGACAAUUAGUGAUUUUCCCGCGUACGGGAAUCUUGCUGGCUGCAAAGUAAAGGGUAAAAUGGGUUGUCCUUUAUGUGGAAAAAAUACAGAUAGCAUGUGGUUGAAAUUCAGCAGAAAACAUGUCUUUAUGUGCCAUAGAAAGGGUCUGCCCCCAACACAUAGUUUUAGAGGGAAGAAGUCAUGGUUUGAUGGAAAAGCUGAACAUGGGAGGAAGAGGAGAAUAUUAAGUGGCCAGGAGAUUUAUCAAAACCUGAAAAACUUUAAAAAUAGCUUUGGGAACUUGAAACAACAUGCAAGUAAGAGAAAACGUGUUGAAUGUACUGGAUCAAGUUCUGAUAGUGAUGAUCUAUCUAGUGAGUCAGAGGAGGAUGAAGAGGAAGAGGUAACAGUAGAUGAGGAGGAGUUAUCAAGAUGGAAGAAAAGGUCAAUCUUUUUCAAGCUAUCUUAUUGGCAGGUGUGUCCUUUUUUCAUGUUAUUCUAGUAUUGUCUUGGAUUUAAACAAGUAAACUUUGUGUAACAGUUUUGUUGUUUUUUGCAUUCUGGUUAUAGGAACUCCCGGUUAGACAUAACUUAGAUGUCAUGCAUGUGGAGAGAAAUGUGGCUGCGAGUAUUGUAUCGACAUUGUUGCAUUGUGGGAAAUCCAAAGAUGGUCUAAAUGCUCGCAAAGAUCUGGAGGAGCUUGGUAUUAGAAAGGAUUUGC